UCAGCGUUCUUCACUUGGAGAUAAUACAGAAUUGAAGUCUGCUUAUUUUGCAAGGUUUUCAUCUAAAGUGAAAAAAAAAAAAAGAAAAGAAAAGAAAACAUGAUGUCACGUGACGCGCGCGAGACUUGUCGCUGAAGUGAACGCUCAUCGCACACGCUCAUACACCCAGAGACAAGACGCUCAGCUAAGAACACGAGCAAUGGCCCAAAAUAACAAACGAAGGAUGCCCUGAGGGACCUACUUCUAUUCUACACUGUGUCUGAUCUGAGUGGGCGAAGGAAAUGGGGAUUUUACAUUUAUUGGUGUUUGUGCUGCUUGGGGACAGUUUGGGUCCUACAAGACUGGACAUUGUGGUGAACGCCCAGGCCAGUGAGCGCAGAGUCUUGGCCCACAUUCCUGGUGACAUAAUCAUCGGGGCACUCUUCUCCGUCCAUCAUCAGCCACCGGCGGACAAGGUUCACGAGCGUAAAUGUGGAGCCGUACGCGAGCAGUAUGGUAUCCAGCGGGUAGAGGCCAUGAUGCACACCCUGGACCGCAUCAAUGCAGACCCAAACAUCCUACCCAACAUUACGUUGGGCUGUGAGAUCAGGGACUCCUGCUGGCAUUCAGCUGUCGCUCUGGAGCAGAGCAUUGAGUUCAUUCGAGAUACCCUGGUCUCGGCAGAGGAGGAGGAGGGCAUUUCCAAGUGUUCAACUGAAGGUGGAGGUACACCCAUGAAAGGGAAGAAGCCCAUUGUUGGACUGAUCGGGCCUGGGUCAAGCUCUGUGGCCAUCCAAGUUCAGAAUCUCCUACAGCUCUUCAACAUUCCCCAAAUUGCAUAUUCAGCUACCAGUAUGGACCUCAGUGAUAAGUCCUUGUAUAAGUACUUCAUGAGGGUGGUGCCCUCCGAUGCCCAGCAAGCAAGAGCUAUGGUAGACAUUGUCAAAAGAUACAACUGGACCUACGUAUCUGCUAUUCACACAGAAGGGAACUACGGUGAGAGUGGAAUGGAGGCCUUCAAAGACAUGGCAGCCAAGGAGGGCAUCUGCAUCGCCCACUCUGACAAGAUCUACAGCAAUGCUGGAGAGCAGAGUUUUGACCGACUUCUCGAUAAGCUCAGGAGCCACCUUCCCAAAGCUCGUGUGGUGGCAUGCUUCUGUGAGGGCAUGACCGUUCGUGGCAUCCUUAUGGCCAUGAGACGGCGCCGCCUAGUUGGGGAGUUCCUAUUGGUUGGCAGUGAUGGUUGGGCAGACCGCUAUGAUGUCACAGAUGGCUUCCAGAGAGAGGCAGCAGGGGGAAUCACAAUCAAACUGCAGUCUGCUUACGUCACCUGGUUUGAUGACUACUAUCUCAACCUGCAGCCGGACACAAACAGCCGGAACCCCUGGUUCCCAGAGUUCUGGCAGCAUCGUUUCCAAUGCAGGCUGAAGGGGCAUCCACAAGAGAGCACCAAAUACAACAAGACCUGCACUAAGAAGGAGUCGCUCCGACACCAGUACGCUCAGGACACGAAGAUGGGCUUUGUGAUCAAUGCCAUCUACUCAAUGGCUUACGGUCUGCAUGCCAUGCAGAAAUCUCUGUGUCCCGGAUACGCGGGUCUUUGUGAAGCCAUGCGGCCGAUUGAUGGACGUAAACUCUUAGAGUUCCUCAUGAGGACCGACUUCACUGGCGUCUCGGGAGAAGUGGUGCUGUUUGAUGAGAACGGAGACUCCCCGGGGAGAUAUGAGAUUAUGAACUUUAAACAGAUGAGUGAAGAGGACUUCAGCUACAUCCACGUGGGCAGCUGGGACAACCGUGGGCUGAAAAUGGAUGACGAGGAAAUUUGGGCCAACAGCAGUGCUAUCAUCAGAUCAGUGUGCAGUGAUCCCUGUGAGAAAGCUCAGAUCAAGGUGAUCCGUAAGGGUGAGGUAAGCUGCUGUUGGACCUGCACUCCGUGUAAAGAAAACGAGUUUGUGUUUGAUGAAUACACCUGUCGUGCAUGUGAGCUUGGAUCCUGGCCUACCAAUGACCUCACAGGGUGUGAGCCAAUCCCGGUGCAGUACCUUCUGUGGGGAGAUCCUGAGCCUAUUGCAGCUGUGGUCUUCGCCUGCCUCGGCCUGCUUGCCACCAUCUUCGUCACCUUAGUCUUUGUCAGGUUCCACGAUACGCCAGUGGUGAAGUCCUCCAGCAGGGAGCUGUGCUUCAUCAUUCUGGCUGGUAUCUGUUUAGGGUACCUGUGUACAUUCUGCCUGAUCGCCAAGCCACACGUGGCUUACUGCUACUUGCAGAGGCUGGGCAUCGGGCUAUCGCCUGCCAUGAGCUACUCCGCCCUGGUCACCAAGACCAACCGCAUCGCUCGCAUCCUUGCAGGCAGUAAGAAAAAGAUCUGCACCAAGAAGCCUCGUUUCAUGAGCGCCUGCGCCCAGCUGGUCAUUGCCUUCAUCCUCAUCUUGAUUCAGCUGGGCAUCAUUGUGGCACUUUUCAUCAUGGAACCCCCGCAGGUGAUCUAUGACUACCCGUCUAUACGCGAGGUGCACCUAAUUUGCAAUACCACCACACUUGGAGUGGUGGCGCCAUUGGGAUACAAUGGGUUGCUCAUUCUCAGCUGCACCUUCUACGCUUUUAAGACCCGAAACGUCCCUGCCAAUUUCAAUGAGGCCAAAUACAUUGCGUUUACCAUGUACACCACUUGCAUUAUCUGGCUUGCAUUUGUGCCAAUUUAUUUCGGUUCAAACUACAAGAUUAUCACCAUGUGUUUCUCGGUGAGCCUCAGUGCUACCACUGCGCUAUGCUGCAUGUUUGUGCCCAAAGUCUACAUCAUGUUAGCCAAACCAGAGAGGAACGUGCGCAGUGCGUUCACCACGUCGACUGUUGUGAGGAUGCACGUGGGUGAUGGAAAAGCUGCUUCUGCCGCUAGCCGUUCCAGUAGCAUGGCUAACCUGUUCAGACGCAAAGGAUCUGGUACAGACAAUGUAAGUUCAAAUGGCAAAACGGUGACCUGGGCACAGAACGAUAAAGGUUACAGGCCAAACCUUUGGAAGCGGAUCUCCAUCCACCUUAAGAAGAAGGAGGAGGCCAACCAGACGGCCAUCAUUAAGCCUUUCUCAAAGGGUUGUGACCGCCUACCAGACACUGGGGUGAAGCUAGCAUAUGAAGGGCCUCAGAAAAACCAGCGCUACCCUGUAUCCUACCGCCCUCGAACCCCUUCACCACUACCGACUGUGUGCCAGCGGGCGUCUAUGAAAAGGUGCGAAGUGGAAGGCCGUGAUGAAGAACAUGUGCCGGUAGUGCCCCUGCCUUCAUAUCUAACAGAGCGCUUGCAUCAUGGCAGUGCACCCCAGACCUCCAUCAUGGAUCAGAUCAGCUGUGUGGUCAGCCAUUUCACAGCCAAUAUCAGCGAGCUCAACAAUAUGAUGCUGCCCGGUUCCCCACCAGGGACAGCUGUAAUUGUCGCCGCCCCAGUCCCAAGACCCUGCUCCCCUUCUUUCCGCAGGCACCCACAAGAAAGGCAGCACCCUUCCACCGUCACCACCUACGCUGAUGUGGUGGCUGCAGCAAACACCAACCCUCGCUCUGCGGUUGGCAUCGCCGGGGGUAUUAUGGCUGGUGGGAGUAGCAGAGCUUCACCAGCCAGUCUUUUUGAAUGCACCUACGACUCUUCGUGUGCUGUCAGGACCACUGAUUUGGAGGACUUGGGCACCUUGACUCCCCCUUCCCCAUUCAGAGACUCCUCCGUGGAUUCAGUUAGCGAAUCGCCCACAUCGCCAGCCUCGGAGCUGCCGUUGUGCGAGCCCUGCUCCCCAAUAUACGACCAGCUGGUGCUUAGGCACUACAGCCAGAGCUCUUCUUCACUCUGAGAGACUGUUCAGAGGACAGAAAGGGCGCAGGCGUCUAAUGAGAGUUUGCAUCUGCAUAGACUGCAAAACUGAACUGUAAGUGUCAAGGAAUAUACAAGCACUUACAGAGGACUUUUUAUGGUGCUCGGAACCCAGCCCAUGUUCAAAAUACGGAUAGUUUGAGAUCUGUGUAAGAGAAGGCACUUUGCAAAAUGGCUUUUCAGCUAAUUAAGGAUGUACUUGAUAUGCUCUUGUAUAUGAGAGCACUCUGAAAAUGUUCAGGACUUGAAGUUUAUGGUCAUACUUGAGAAGGUGUAACUGAUGUGGAAGAUUACGUGUGUUUGGCUUUCAGCCAGUGAUAACAUUCCAACGACGUCAAACCACACUGGGGUGUAAAAUAAUAAUAUUCUGAAAUUUUACGAAUUUUUUCUACCCUUUUGCCUGUCAGCAAGAUGUCCCUCAGUUAAACAGCUUGCACAGUUCUUCACAUACAAGGAAAGUGUAAAAUUCUGAAUGUACUGUAUAGGACCAAACUGAGACUAGAGUUUUUUGAAGGAAUAUUCUGGCUUCAAUACAGGUUAAGCUCAGUCGACAGUAUUUGUGGCAUAAUGUUGAUUACCACAAAAAAUAAUUUCAACAUGACCCUCCUUUUGUAUAAAAAAGCAAACAUUUAGGUUAAUGUUAGUGAAUGGGGACAAUUUCUGGAGGGUUUUAAGGCAGAAAUGUUAAGCAUAUACUUUUUAGAAGCACACAUUUAUUCUUCUGUAAAAACGUGUGUAUUAUUUGAGCUGUAAAGUUGUUUAAAUCAUAGUUUUUUACGGUUGUUUUAGGGUUUAUGGCUAAUCAUGGCAACGAAGUUGUAAAACUGGAUAUUAUUUUACACUGAAAAGGUUAGUAAGCAAUUUUAUCACACUAAAAUCAUGUUAACACGUAUAAUGUUUACAUCUUAUACUUUUGAAACAGUGAAUAUUUGAGUGUUUAUGGAUUGGCCCCAUUCACUUCCAUUGUAAGUGCCUCACUGUAACCCAGAUUCUUUUUUUAAGUUGACAGUAUUUUUUAUCGUAAUCAACAUUGUGCCACAAAUGCUGUCAUUUGAGCUUAGCUUGUAUUGAACUCAGAAUAUUCCUUUAAGUGCAAAACAUUUGUUUACAUUUUGGUCAUUUUCUUUAUUACCCUAGGUUAGAGGUUGCAUGUAGUGCCAACUCAUAAAGAUAUAUAUAUUACUAUAUUUUUCAUAAUGAUAAUCAUAUUACAAGGAUAUAAGAGCUAAUUUAUUUAAUUAACAAAGAAAUUUCCCACACUUUAGUGUAGACAAUGUGUCUUAAAUGACUUCAGGCAUGUUGGGUAGACAAUGUCUAAUCUGAAAUCCAAGGUCAUGUCAGUGUAUUUAUAUGAACACGUCCAAUCAUUACUUGAAGUAUUUAUUGAAGAAUCACUCUAAUUUAAAACACGAAGAGGAAAUCAAACAAACAGUAAUAGCUUUUUACAGCCUAGAGUGUAGGAGAAUUCACAAAAACCUUUACAAGUGAUGAGUACUUAAAGCAAUAUAAAUGAAUGCAGGGCAUAUAAGGUACAAAUACAAUUAUUAUUUCAUUUGCAAAUCAUUUUCUUGUUUUAAUCCACUCAGGCUUGAGUUCCAAAAACAUACACUUUGUGGGCUAAAACACGAGCCAAAAACGAAAUAAUACCCAUUGUCAUUACACUGUGGAUAUGGUUCUUAUAAAUGGGGCAUUACAGUCUCUGUUGAUAAAACGUAUAUGUAUAAAACCUAUAACCACAUGAACUUCUCCCAUUAAAUAUACCUUUUUUUAUUACCUUCUAAUCUAAGUUUAAGCACUCAGAUUUUCCUGUAGUAGGAGUGCACAUUGUAUCUAUCAACAAACGUUUAUUCUUUUAAUCAAUGUGUAAUAUUCUUAUUGAAUAGAUGUUAUGUAACAAGGUCACAUGUUUGCAUGCAGAACAGUGCCAUUAGCUAAAAUAAGUGCUUAUCGUUCUUUUAAGAACUUUUGUACAUUUUCUAAAAGUCUUUUUGCAUUUUUCGCUCUUUGCCUUUUUUGAGGGGUCGGUCAUAGAAUUUAGAUUUCGGGCCGUGUGUGUAAUGUAUUUUUCUACUAAUUGUUUGUGCCGAUUCAAUAUGAUGUUGGAUUAAGUUUUGUGACAGUGGAGCGAAUGUAACUUGCAGUAUUUCAGUUAAAGGUUUCAAUUAUAGUGUGGACAAGUCUUUUGUUACUAAGUUCAGGUUUUAAUUAAUGGUGUGGAAGUAUUUUUUAUUUCUCUUCAAAGUGUGUAAAAAAUAUUCGUUUUACUUGAUUGGUAUUAAA